AUGAAAUGGCUUCUAUCUUAUGUUUCGGUGCUUCUCCUCGUAUGUCUAUCUGGAUUGACGAGCGCAGAUCAAGUGGCAUUCAACUUGUAUGAGCAAAAGGCUCGCGUUGAAGAAUCGUUGGCGGCCCAAUACUUGAAGAAAUCCAACGACUCGCUUUUAUGGGGGCCUUACAGGUCGGCACUCUACUUUGGCUUGAGGCCGAGGCUCCCAAGAUCUUUGCUUCUGGGGUUGAUGUGGUUCCCGGUAAAUGACUACCAGUCUAUUGGCAAGAUCAGGCACUUUUACGAGCAACACGACAAGAUGGGCCGGGCCAAUUGGGUUUCGUAUGACCCCAGAAUCGGCGGGAAACAGGUUAUCCAGGACAACGAGUGUCAUGUCGAUAUAGUUAUUGAUUUUGUCAAGAGCAAAGAUGGUUUGUCGUGGGGUGUCAAGAUCAAAUCCAAGCCGCAUAAAGGGCACGAGGAUACUAAAAUGUCCUUUGUCUGGUAUAGUGGUUUGGAAGGAGAGAAACAUGGUGGCGACGAGCUUGACCAGCCCCAGCUUACGGGGUACUUUAGGCUCGAAAACCAGAAAAACGAGUUGGGGUAUGACGGGACGUUGGAGUUUGCAGGCAUAUCGGAGGAAUUGGGUGUUUUUGAUUUGAAAAUCGACGACGGCCCCAAAUCCAACAAGCACCCCGCUGGCAAACAAGGCGCACAGGACUUGGACCCAGGGCGUGCUCAUCAUUACAGCUUGAGGGUCCCUGAUGAUAAUGUCUGGCAAGCGAGAGAUAUAUUCAUGACAAUGUUGCAAGAGUCCAUGCAAGAUUUGAAGUCAAAGGUCAACUCUAUAGCGGAGAUUCCACCGGAAAACUUGUUCAUCAUAAGGGACUUGCACGGUUUCGAGGGAAACUUGCAUUUUGUGCAAAAAGUGUACCAAGGGCCAUGCGAGUUCAAUGUCAUUUUCUCAAACGCCGAGACUCCUGCUGAACAAAGGAUUACCUUUGCCAAUAUCAACGGCAAAGUCAAGGCAAAUGAAGAAACAUUCAACGAGAUGUUUACACAGCAUUUCCAACUUCAAGCUCCGUUUGACAACUCGGCUAAGUACUCUGCAUUUGCCAAGGAGAUAUUAUCUGGUUUGCUAGGUGGGUUGACCUAUAUGUACGGCGACCACUUGGUGGACAGGCAAACAGUUUUCGAUGAAGACACGUUUGAGUCAUACGACCUCAAGGGCGCAUUUGAAGGUCCACAUGAGCUUUUCACGCUUGUUCCAUCUAGACCCUUUUUUCCCCGUGGUUUUUACUGGGACGAAGGGUUCCACUUGAUGCCCUUGAUCGAUUACGAUUCAGACUUGGUGUUGGAUAUCAUCAAGUCCUGGUUCCAUCUCAUUGAUAGCGACGGCUGGAUCGCAAGAGAGCAGAUAUUGGGCCGUGAAGCUAGAUCGAGGGUGCCAGCGGCAUUUCAAGUCCAGAGUCCACAAAUUGUAAAUCCACCAACGUUGACACUCGUAUUGACGAGCUUGUUGGAAACUUUGGAAAAGAAUUCCAAGUCUUUUGGUGAUUUGCAAACACCCAAUAACGUCGACGACGACGACAAUCAAGUGGAAGAAGUGGAAACAACUAAGAUGGGCAAAAUCGUCUUGAGCAAUCCGGAUGUCUUGUUAAACUACACCAAAGAUGUCUACCCCAAACUCAAAUCUCACCUUGAAAUGUUUAGGAGAACGCAACAAGGGUACGUUGAGGAGUUUGAUAGAGGUUUGACAAACAAGGAUGUUUUCAGGUGGAGGGGCAGGACCGAGACGCAUUGUCUUGCGAGCGGCAUCGACGAUUAUCCUCGUGCUCUGCCUGCAGAUGUAGCCGAGUUGAACGUGGACUUGAUCUCGUGGAUCGGGAUAAUGACACGGUCAUUGCGACUCAUGGCCGAGAUUCUUCAGUUGCCAGAUGAAGUUGCCUCUUUACAAGAAUUGGAGAACAACAUUAUUGAAAACAUCGACAAGGUCCAUUGGUCGGAAAAUGACAAGGCCUACUGUGACGUUACCGCAGACGAGGACGAUGAAAACGUCCACGCCUGCCACAAGGGCUACGUUUCCUUACUUCCCUUUCUCACCAAAUUGAUACCAGCACGUAACGUCACCAAGUUGGAGCACGUGAUUGAUCUAAUCACCGAUCCAGAAGAGUUGUGGUCGCCCUACGGCAUUCGUUCCCUUUCCAGAUCCGAUUCUCACUACAAAACCGGUGAAGAUUACUGGAGGUCGCCAAUUUGGAUCAACAUGAACUACCUUGUGUUGAAGAGCAUCAAGGAGUACUACGAAGAGAGCAACAGUUUGAUGUCGCCUGAACUUCGCCAAAAAUACAAAAAUGCUUACCACGACUUGAGAUUGAACCUCGUCAAUAACGUGUUUAAGCAGUGGGAAGAAACUGGCUUUGUAUGGGAACAAUACAAUGACGAGACUGGAAAGGCACAGGGAGCAAAGAAUUUCCUAGGCUGGACAUCUGCUGUGUUGUUGAUGAUGACGAUGCCAUCAGAGAUCUGA